ACUUAGGUCAUUAAUUUCCUAACCUAAAAAAAUUCUUAUUUAUUUUUUUUCUUGUUUAAAAAUUCAUAAUAAAAUAUUACCGAGAAAAAUUAGUAAAAACCUCUCUCGCUGUGCCCUUGCUCCAACCAAAAAUCACUUAAAAUGUCCAAAUUGGCCACCUUAAGGGGCAUAAUACAAGAACUGCGUUAUGCCCUUCCUGCAACGAAUUUAAGGGAGAAUUUGGGGUACCAGUACAUUAUAAGUCAGUAUAGGAAGUAUAACACUACAGAUGAACAGCUAUGCAAAGCCCGGGAAGAAAUGGACUUUCUAGCCAAAACAUACCUUUGCUACCUAAAGAGCUCGCGCCUUUCUGGAGAAAUACAUGAUGAGUUCCAUGGCAAGGGUGAGAGAACUGUACAGGAAACUGCUAGAAUGGUCGGAUUCAAAUUACCUCAUGAUCCUAAGUAGAUUUUUUUUCCGUGAAAAUUGUAGUAAAUAGUGACAAUUAAAAUUAACCUUAUAGACACAAAUAGUCACUUCUAAGCAAUAUCCCUGUAUUUACAGCAGUUAACAGAAGUUCUAGAUGCAAGGAAAAUAAUAAAACAAGGAAAUUUCUUUGUC